AUGCAAGGCGAAUUAAAGGACGUUACCGAAAAAAUGACAAGAAUGUUUACGAAAAUGGAACGGACAUUUACUGUCAAACAAAAACACGACAUGAAGAGGCGUGGAUACACGUUUUUAGAAAAGCACCAGUUGAGGAGCUUGCACAAUCAAAACGAAUUGGCAAAACAUCGCAGUGAACUGGAUUUCGACAUCGAUGAAUACGGUAAACAAUCACACUCUGAACGAGAAGAAGCUCUGUGGUUACGAUUAGCUGAGAUUGCCGCCAACGGAACGAAAUCACGAACGAAACGGCAGAUCACAUUGUUGACCGUGUUGAAGCCUACCGUACUUGCUCCGUACAUGUUUUCGCCGAUCUUUGGCGCUACCAUACUUGGUCCAGUUGUGCUUUCACCAUCGUUAUUCUCCCCGCUGAUAUUAAAUCCAGCCGUAUUUUCACCCUACGUCCUCUCUCCAGCAAUCGCUAUGCCAUUUAUUCUUUCACCAUAUGUUUUGUCUCCAUACGUGCUCUCACCAUUGGUAAUGGCGCCGUUCAUCUUGACACCUUAUGUUCUUUCACCGAACGUCAUCAAUCCAUACGUUCUUUCGCCGUUAGUACUCAGUCCUUAUGUUUUGUGCCCGGAUCUUCUCUCACCGAUGGUACUUGGCGGACCUGUCCUCUCUCCAGGUGUACUUUCACCUUCUGUGCUCUCAAAAAGUUUUCUUAUGGUAUCGGUUCUUUCGCCUACUGUACUAUCAUAG